UUAAAACACAAGAUAAUCUCGAGAUAAUUGAGAUAUUUACCUAUUAUUUAUAUAUUACAGCUAAAUUUGAUACAUAAACCAGAAAUAAUAAAAAAUACAAUUUUUUCAAUUUUUGACGUUUUAAUUUAUUUCAGAGGCAUACAAUAGGUGAAUCUUAAAUGAACUAUUGUACAACCAUGACAUAUAUACUACUCAAGUUACCAAUCUUAUAUCUUAUACUUCUAUAUCUAACGACGAAAUUCAAAAUGCUUGCUUAUACUGCACUGAAUGUUAAAACCACAUAUUGAAACUUCCAGUUUUUUUAAAUACAAUUUUUAUUUAAAUAGUUUUUUAAUGUGAAAGUAUAUUUUAUUUAGAUCGAAAUGCCGGGUAACUCUUUAGGGCGUAGAUCAUCUACGAAUCCCGUAAGGAUAUCUUCGUUUGAUAGGGAAGAUAAAAGUUUCAUGCGGACAGAAUCGAGAAAAACACAAACAUUAAAACCAAAGAUUUUCUCAAAUGAAAAUUCUCAUAUACCAAGGCCUCGAAUGCGAGCUUCUUCGUGUGAUAGAAUAAGUAUUAGGGGAUCGGUAUUAAAAACAACAGCUAAAACUCCACUUCGUCAAGUACCGACAACUCCAAAGACACCAAUAACAAAUGCUAGCAAACCUGCUGGUCUUCUUACAGUAGGAAGUUCAAGCAAAAUACAUGCAGGACUUCCAACAGGACGUAGGUCUUUAUCAGCUGACCGCGCUAGCAAUAUUGGUGCUAAAGGUCCUAGAAAAGAUACAAGACCAUUAACCGACAAAACAUAUCAGGCUCAUAUGCUUAGUAAAAUUGAUAACUUUUUAGCUAUAAAUCAUUGUUCUUCUAUGAUUAAUAGCAAUGGAAGCUUAAAACCUGUUACCUUAAAAAUGUUUGUUGAAGUCUCUGGAUAUUUAGUAAAAAUAUUGGACAUUAAACAAAUUCUUACAAUCACAAAUUAUGUAGAGGAAUUGCCAAAAGUUGCAAAAAAACUCCACUAUCCAGGAAUUAUUAAUAAAUCUUGGUUAAAAACUGCUAAUGCUAUGCAUUCUUGGCCAAAUGUUUUGGGCUGGAUAUGUUGGCUAGUAGAAAUUUGUGAAAUAAGGGAAAUAGCUUUUACAAAGUAUAAUUUAGAGAACCUACCAUUUGUAGGGAAUCAAAUAAACUCAGUAAUUAAUAAAAAUACUUUUUUCUCAAUGCUAAAUUUUUAUAAUGCCUGGAAUGAUGAGAAACUGGAUGAGGAGGCGUUAAUGAUCGAAAAAUAUUUACAAGAAAUUGAAGAACAGCAAGGUGUAAACGAAGAAGACUUGAAUAUUGCACGUUCUGAGCUAGAGGAAGAAAUGCUUAAAUUACAAGCAGCUGAAACAAAUUCAAAUAAAAUAGAUGAAGAAGUAAAACAUUUACAGGAAGUACUUUCAUCUUUACAGAACGAUGAAAAAAUGCAACUGAGUGAUAUCAGUGCAAAAGAGGAAUAUAUUAAAAAAAUCAAUUUUGAAGCAGAUCAAAUAAAAGUUGAGUGCAAUGUAUUGAGUGAACAAAUUUGUUUACAAGACACACAGCAUAAUGAGUUACUUUCUAUUAUUAAGCAGCAACCAAUGUCUAAGACAGAAAGAGAUCAAAUUUUAAAUAAAUGUACAGAAAUUCAGGAUUACAUGCACCAGUUUGAUGAAUAUUUACAAGAGAUACAAAAAGAAAUAUACACUAUGGACAUUAAAUUAGCAUCUAUUAAUAAUAAUUUAACUAAGGCAAUUCUAACAUAUAAUAAAGAAAUAUUUAUGCAUCUUAGUGGGGAUCUGGGUGUGAAUCUAGAGGAGUUAAAGAUGCCAGAGAAAGGUAUAUUGCAACCUGAAAUUAUGGAAGUAUUAAGUACUAAAGCUAAUUUAAUAAAUGAUUUGAAAGAAUUGUUGAGAUCUCAAAUUAAUGAAAAAGAAUGUUUGUUAGAAUCAAAUACUAAUGAAUUAGAGAAUCUUCAAGAGAGAAUAAAAAUUCUAGAAGAUGAAAGUAAUGAUGUUGCCAGUAAGAUUAAAGAAAAGAAAAGUCUUAUAAGUAAAAUCAAAGCUGAUGCUAAGCAUGAAGAAACAAAAUUAAGGGAACAAAUAAAAAAUUUGCAAAAUGACAUCAGAGAAGUUCAAGGUUUGAUGCCAAAUACACAACAACUUGCUGCAGAGUUAGAGGAAGCAUCGGAUAAACUGGAUGCAGCUCAAAGAAGAAAAGCGUAUAUAGAGGAAUCUGCCAAAUUAUUUUUUGACAAAUUUUAUGAGAUUUUAAGUGAACAUAGGAAUAAGCUUGUCAGUAUAUUAAAGAAACAUAGUAAAAAAAAAAAAAAUACAUUUUUCUACCAUUUUAUUAUAAUGAGUAGCAAAAUGAGCUCUGCUAGGAAAGCUGUUGCUACCCGCAGUAACAAAAAUACAGUGGAAAGUAACCACCAUUUGCCUACUUCUGAAUUAUCUCAUGAUUGUAAUAAAAUGUUAGAAAUAAUUGUGAAAGCCAAGGGCCGUAAACGUACAUCAACUAUGGUUAGCAGUAGCCCAACUAGUCACAAAGUUGAAGAAAAAAAGAAACCUGGUCAUAGUGGUGAUCAAAACUGGGGUAGGGUGUUUAGAGAACAAAAUAAAGCUGUUAUGAAACAAGAGGCAAUGAGAACACCAGGUUCAAAAUCAUCAAAACAUGGUAAUGACACUAAGGAGACUAAGAAACAUUUUCUAAAUCAUCAGAAACUAGAUCACAAAUUUUUAGAUGAAAUUCCUGUCAAGCAAUCAACUUCUCAGAAAAGAAUAGAAGAACAUAUAAAAUCUACACCAUACACUACAAAUCCAUCAAGUACAUCAAUACCAAGCACUGUGGAAUCUGUCAUAGUUUAUGACAGAGGAGUACAAUGUGAUGGAGUAUCUGAUUACUCUGAUGACAAAUUUGGUGUGUUCAAUCCGGUUCAUACAUUACAUUUUUUAAUAAAGGAAUUAGAACACUUAGUUAAAGAUGAUAAAGCUAAUAAAAUUCUUGCUGAUAUGGAGCAAGUAGUAUUUAGAAUACCAAUUGAACCCAGUAAACCACCUAUAGUGCAGGACUUAGAAGCUAAAUUAGAAACAACUAGACAAAUGAAUUCUAUGUAUGAAGCAUUACGCGAGGAGAGAGAUUCUUUACUGCGACAAGUUCAUGAACAACAAUUGCUAUUAAAUGAAGCUCAAAAAAGGCAGUUAGAUUUAGAAGUAAUUGAAAAAACAUUAAAACAAGAAUUAGAUAAAGCAAUAAAAGCUAUUCAAGCUAGAGAUAAAACAAUAACCGAAUUAACAGAAGAGAUGAAGAAUUAUGAAUCUUCUCAAAAAAUUGUAGCAGAGUUAAGAACGAAUCUCGCUGAACAAACUGAACGUGUAAGACAAUUGAAUUCAGAGGUGAAAUAUUUAACAUUGGAAAAAGAUAAAUUUUCAGUUUUGUCAUCAUACAAACAUUCGUUAUUAAUCGAACAUCUUAAUGAAAUCAAGAAGGUUCAACAUUUCAUUGCAGACCAAUUAAAAGAUAUUUAUAUUCACGAAGAUAAUUCGAAUCCACAAAUUCCAAUUGUUCAUGGACGUCGUGCAUGUUCAUCGCCUACUUCCACCUCUUCUCAUGAUUCCAAUAUACGUACCUCUUGGCACGAUAUAUCUGAUGUUUCUUUAUCUACAGUGGAUCAUGAUCCAUCCAAAAUUAAACACGUACAAGGUUUUCUGCAUAAAUCAAAUAAAAUACCAGUCUUUUCAGAAACUCAAAUUGAGAACCUAGAAAAUAAACAAAUCAAGGAUGUUCAAGAACCUUCGAUUGAAGAUUCUGCCAAUUUAGAAUUUAUUAGUUUACCUGCUGGAGAAGCUUCACUUACUCUUUUACCUUCUUAUAAAGACCUGGGUUGUACAGAAGUUAGCCAAUAUGUUAAUCAAGGGAAAGAUGAUGUAGUAACAUUUAGUAAUAAAAAGAACGAUAAUUUACCAAAUUUUAAAGAUACGAAUAAAAUAUCAUCAUCGGAACAUUUAGAUUUGUCCAACAAAAAGGCUCAUGAGAAAGAGACUAAUCUACAAGAAUUAAAUAGAAUUAAAAAGUCUAUGGAGUCAAAUAAAGGACAAAGUCCGCCUCAUAAUUUAAUAGGCUCUAAUAUAACAGAACAAUUUCAGAAUAUAGUUGAAGAUAUAAGGAUGCAAAGUAAAAUGCCAGUUAACAUACCAAGUCCACUAAGGAGUUAUCCUCAUCCAGAAUGGAGCGAUAGUACUUUACCCACUAUCAGUACUGCUUCGGAUAUAAAUGUGAUAUAACUCAAUAAUUCUUAAAUUUAUAUUAAAUAUUUUGCAAGAAAAAUGCAACCUUAUUAUCCAAUUAAAUUAU